AUGCGCCAAGAGGCGGACUGGAAGGGGCGUGGCUUGUGCUGAUUUCGCGCGAAAAUUCUUUCUGCCUUUCCUCCCGCAGCGUGACUGUUUCCGGAGCGGUGCUGUUUAUGUGUUUGCGGCUUGUGGUCCCGCAGUGUUCGGUUCUGCAGCGGCGGCGGCAACAUGUCCCAGGCUCGGGUCACAGACUUCUUCUGUCAGAGAAAGAAAGGAGGCAGAGGAGCGGCGAAGGAGGCGGCGGGGAAGCAGCGCAGCGGCGCCGGGAGAGGCUCCUCAGCCACCAGCCUCAGACAUGGAGACAAAGACUCUCUCUGCUCCUCCUCGGUCCAUGAGGAAUUUGUCCGAGUGAUCGACGAGGCAGCGGGGCUGCUUAAUGACGGAGAGCCCGCCUUUACCAAACCCAGCACGGCCAUCUCCAGUCCCCGGACUCCCAAGAGGAGCUCGGCCGACGCGGAGUUUGAUCUGGGGGCUGCUGUGUUUUCGGCCACCGCGGAGCACUCCUCGGUCAAAAAGAGACGGCAAGCCGGAGGGGACAAGGACGCCGGGGCAGCUGAGAACUCCACAAGGACAGCCCGGAAGAAGCUGGUCCUCCCUGAGAAGACACCACCGGCUCUUUGUAAGGAGGACAUCGCUGCGCUCAAGUCUCGCCUUCACAGGAUCAAGAAACAGGCCGAGGACAUGGGCAGCCCCACGUCCUCUGCUUCCUCCUCCCCAGCAGCGUCCGACCUUGCCGCCCCGACUCCCCCCACAGCCGGCAGGCCCUCGGCCACCGAGGCCAAGCCCCCCAGGUUCUCGGUGGCUCGGGCCAGAGAGCUGGCAGCUAAAGCCCAGAGGAGGAAGGAGGAGGAGAGGGGAGCCGGGGAGAUCAAGCCCGCCGAGACCCAAACCGCUGACAGCACCGAGCUGCCAGCAUACCAGCGGUACCACACCCUCGCCCAGGCCGCACCCCCGGGCCUGUCCCUGCCGUACCAGUACAAGAUCCUGGCCGAGAUGUUCCGGAGCAUGGACACGGUGGUCGCCAUGUUGUACAACCGCUCGGAGACGGCCACCUUCGGCAAGAUCAAGCAGGGGGUUCAGGACAUGAUGCACAAGAGGUUCGAGGAGAGCCACGUGGGUCAGAUAAAGACUGUGUUUCCUGAAGCAUACGCCUUCAAACAGGAGAAGAACAUCCCCACCUUCAACAGCAGCAUCUCCAAGGGGAGCUACCAGCUGACGGUGGAGCCCGUCCUCACCUCUGACCAGAAUGAAGCUCGGCCCGUACUGUCCGCCUCCCGUCUCCUGGAGAGAAGAAAAGUCUUUCACCAGAACCUGAUCUCUAUCGUCAAGCAGCACCACACGAACUUCCUGUCCUUGUUGGUCCCUCCGGUCUCUGUUCCAGAGGACAUGCUGACCCGCUGGCAUCCUCGCUUUAAUGUAGACACCGUCCCCACCAUCCGGGUCAGUCCGCUGCCUCAGGUUCCUCACGCAGACAAACUGUCCACGGCACAGGAGGUUCUGGAGAAGGCCCGGUCCCUCAUCCCUCCCAAGAUGGAGAAGGCUCUGGUUUCUCUGGCCAGGAACACAGAAGACAAAGACGGAGAAAGUACCAAACCGAUAAGUUCUCAGAACCCAAACGUUCCUCAAACUCCAGCUUCUGCUGCAGCCCAGGUGCCGUCCUCCCUGAAGGGGGUGUCCCAGUCCCUGCUGGACAGGAUUCGGGCCAAAGAGGCCCAGAAGCUUCAGGCAGCCAUGACCCGGAACCCUGCUCAGGAGGAGCGGCUGCUGAUGAUGUCCCGGCUCGGAGAGCUGGCCAGGAUCCUUCGAAACGUGUUUGUUGCAGAGAAGAAAGCAGCGCUAAUCAUGGAGGUGGCGUGUAACCGCAUGGUGGGGAGCUACAGAUCUGCUCUGAGUUCAGGUGACAUGGAGAAACACAUCCGGCUCCUGGCAGAAGUGGCCCCUGAUUGGCUGAGCAUUCAUCCCAUCAGGAAGGAUUUCUACCUGAAGCUGAACAAGACGGUGGAGCUGGGCCUGGUUCUGGACAAACUGAACCGCAGCCUGAAAGAGGAGGAGAGGCUCUGAUGGACUCAAAGUUCGGCCUUUUUGCUGUGAAAUCAAAGCCGAUGCAUGAGCAGCUGGGAGUUUUUCUGGUUUACCUGCACAUUAGUCUGGAGACGAUCUCAGCUGACCCCACCUUUUCUAUUCAUGCUGCGUUGAUCAGACCCAUAUCUGGUAUUUCGGCUGUGUUGUAAAAAGUUUUUUUUUUUUUUUUUUCCUUUACCAGAUUUUGGUUGUAAUGUUUUAUAUUUUCCUAUAAAGGGGCAGUUCCUCUAGGCAUCACUUUUUUAAAGUGAACUACUGGUGGUGUUUGAGAAUGGUGUGGCACAUGUUAAGAGUGCAGUUUGUUGCUGUUUACAUCUUAACACACAGUGUGUGUGGUGUGUGUUGUAAAGUGUGUUUUACAGUACAGAUUCUAGUUCCAAUUAAACAUCAGUGAAAUGAGCAAUGGGCUGGGUGUGUUGCUGUAAUCCCAUUGGUUAGGGUCGCAUGUACAAUGUCAGAUUGAGCUUCCUUCUGUCUGAUUGGUCAAUACCUGUACAGGGGAAAUGAUCCCACAGCAGCAGCAUACAGUCCCAGGCAAUCAACAAAACAUUGAAAGAUUGAUUUCCUUCAGUAGUAUUCCCAUUAAAAUCAAACUCUUAUGGCUUCUAUCACUUUAUUUGAAUGUGACAGACCAGUAAAGACUGUUUCAUACAGAAAUGUGGGCCUACUGAGCUGUAGGUCCACAUACUGUACAGUAGCUGUGCUCAGUACUUGCUCUGAAUUUUGGGUUUAAAGAAUAAACUGAGCCAGAAUCCUCAAAAUAACCGGAUGUUAACCCCUGUGACUAUAUGGUAUACUACUGUGUGGUUAAUGAAUCUGUAGAAUGUAAUGAGUUUGUCUCCUGAUUAAAUUACUGAACUAAAAGAUCAA